ACUCGGUGAGUGAAAGUUUAACUAAAGCCCCCAGUAACCGCACACCAUAUCGAUCUCAAAUGAAUGCAAUACUUGAAAGCUGUGAUACCCAACUAUGACAAUGGAAAUUCAACAGGCAACGCAUCAGUCCUAUGUUAACUUGAUUAAGACAAGCCGAGAGAUAUUGGUUAACCAGAUCACCAACACACAGUGCCUACUUGACAACUUGAGUAAAAAUGAAUAUUUUUCCACGGAAGAUAAUGAAAUUGUUUUGCAGUUUCGGACACGAGCAGAUAGGGUUCGUCAGAUUCUCGAUUUGGUGGAGAGCAAAGGGGAGGAGGCUUCUGAAUAUUUCCUAAGCAUCAUUCAGCGGAUUCCAGAGGCUUAUUUUUCAUUGGGGGCUUGGCUACAAAGGAUUGAUUUUCAUGCCUCAGAGAAAGUACAGAAUUUACCAGUGAUAAACACAGACCCAGUUACACGGUAUAGCAAGAAGCUCAAGCAGGAACUGCGCAGUGAUUCCAAAAUUAUAAUGUCUUACAGUCAAAAGGAAGAAAUGAUGCUCCAAGAGUCAUAUGUCAAUGGAGUCAUGGAACUAUUAAAUGCAUCACAUGAAACCAUAGGAAGAGUAGAAAGUCUAAAUUCACUUUUUGAUGACAAUGGUGUGAUCAAUAAAGAUGGAGAAACUAUCUUCAUCUUUGGUGAUGCUGGCAUGGGAAAAUCUCUCUUAAUACAAAAAAUGCAAAACCUGUGGGCCAGAGAAGAAUCAUAUCUGGACAUUAAAUUCCUUUUUAGGUAUAGAUGUAGAACAUUUAGCUUUUUUAAAGGAAACAAACAAAUAUCUCUAAAGGACCUCCUCUUUAAAUAUAACUGCAAUCCGGAUGAGUAUCCUGAGGAUGUUUAUGACUACAUUUUGAAGUUUCCAGAGUCAGUAUUGUUCACCUUUGACGGUUUUGAUGAAAUACAUUCAAAUUUUGACUUAAGCAGUAUUCCAGAGGUGUCUUCUCCCAACAAUGCUUGUCAUCCAGUUGCACUGCUCAACCACCUCCUCAGUGGAAAGUUGCUGAAGGGAUCAAAGAAGGUUUUGACAGGAAGAACAGGAUGCCAGGUCCCAGGAAACAUUAUCCAGAAGAAGAUUAUGCUGAGAGGAUUCUCUGCAGGCAACCUGCUUGAAUAUACCAAUUUGUUCUUUAAGGAACCUGAUAUUAAGAGGCAUGUUAUAAACCAUCUCGAUGCAAAUCACAACUUUAGCAGUCUUUGUUCAAUUCCUUUAUUUUGCUGGAUCAUAUUUAAGUCAUAUGCACACUUUCAUUCCAUGAAUGAAAGCCACAGUUUUUCAAGCAGCUCAAUCACACUUACAGACAUAUUUAUACUUAUAGUUGAGGUGUAUCUGAACCUUUCAAGUAAAGAAACCAACAGAAGCCAAGCAGAAACAUACAGCUGUUGCAGAGACACCUUGCUGUCAGUUGGAAGACUUGCAUACAAUGGAAUGGAAGAGUCAAUGUUUGUUUUUGACCAAAAGGCCAUAAAUUCUGCCAAAGUAUCUGAGAAGGACCUUAAGUUGGGGUUUCUAAGAACAGUAGAAGACUGUGGAGAACUGGGUGAUAUUAUGUCAUUUGAAUUCUUUCAUGUUACUCUACAGUCAUUUUUUACAGCCUUGUUCCUUGUGAUAGACAACCAAUCUGGUACCACAGAUCUUCUUAAAUUUUUUAGUCAGUUUACUCAACCUACAGAUAUCGGGCAUUGCCAGUCUCUUUUAUCAUGUGUAUGUUCAAAAAAAGAUGCUGUUUGGGACCCCUUUAAGAACACUGACCACCUGCAGUUCAUUAAUCUUUUCCUUUGCGGCUUGCUUUCAAAACCAAAACAGGUACUUCUAAGGAACUUAGUCUCUUCUUCAACUCUCAAAUUAAAAAGGAAAGCCUUGAAGCAAAAGCUGUUUCAAAGUGUGAAAUCUCACUUAAAAAGCUUGCCCCGUUCUUCUUUUAUGGGAUUUAAUCGUGUUCAUGCCCUCACUCACUUUCUUUGGAUGGCACGGUGUAUAUGCGAGACGCAGAACAAUGAGGUGGGCAAAAUUGCGGCCAAAGGCAUAUGUGCAGAUUACAUUAAGCUAAGUUUCUGUGGUGCAUCUUCCUCUGACUGUGGUGCUAUUUCCUUUGUGUUAAAUCACUUCCGAAAACAACUUGCUCUGGAACUGGACAACAACAAUAUAAAUGAUUAUGGGGUGAAGGAGCUCACUCCAUGCUUCAGCAGGCUUACUGUGAUUAGGCUCAGUGUUAAUCAGAUCACAGAUGAGGGAGCCAGGGUUUUGUCGGUGGAAUUGACAAAAUAUAAGAUCAUAACCUUUCUUGGAUUGUACAAGAAUCUCAUAACAGAUUUUGGCGCUAAAUAUGUGGCAAGAAUCAUAAGGGAAUGUCCAAAUCUCAAGCACCUCAAAUUAGGGUUGAACAAGUUAACAGCUGUGGGAGGAACCUGCAUUGCACAAGCUGUUCAGGAAAACAGCAAUAUUUUUGAUAUUGGGAUGUGGGGUAAUCAGAUUGGAGAUGAAGGAGCCCAGGCAUUUGCUGUGGCCAUAAAAAAUCACCCCAGUCUCACUGAAUUAAGUCUUGCAUGCAAUCAAAUUUCCAGUAAAGGUGGCAAGUAUAUUGCAAAGGCUUUACAACAAAACACAGCUUUGCAAACAUUGUGGAUGACCGAAAACAAGCUCACAGAUGAAGCAGCAGAAAGUUUUGCAGAAAUGCUAAUGGUGAACCAGACUCUUCGACACCUUUGGCUGGUGAAUAAUUGCCUAACAAAUAAUGGUGCCAAUUGUUUGGCAAAGGCUAUUGAAAAUAACACCACUUUGGAGGAAAUUUGCUUACAUGGCAACCCCCUUACCCUAGGGGAAAAUAAUUAUUUUGAAGAAAAUAAAAGAAUAUUUCAUUCCUUAUCCUGUGUUUGACAAUAUCUGGAUUCCGGAAAUUUGAAGAAUGAAGUACUUCUGUGAAGCAAUGGCUCAAACCUCCUGCUUUGUAUUUGUUCUGUACAGUGAAGGAUAAACAGAAUGAAUGCUUCAGAUAAAGGGACUGGUCCCACAUGGCUACUUGCUGUGGAUGCAAAACAAUGUACAGCGGGAGGAAAUUAGGGGGAGGAAACCUGCGCGAACCAUCAGUGGGCAUCAACAUCUGUGGAUCUGCAUCAGCUUACCAUGCUGUGCAAAGAAAAAUUUAUUUAUUUUGGGAACUAUUUUUGACUGUUGCCUAGAUUGGCUUGGAAUCUACCAGUGAAAAUAACAUCACGCACUUGAGAACACUGGAUUUAUUGAGAAUCGGCUUCUGUGAUCGCAUUAGAAACAAGCAUUAUUAUGUUGAGCUGUGAGAACCUUUUAUGGUCAGAAAGGCUACUUUUAUGGCUACUAUUUUUUAUCCUUUGCACAAGUUUGCACUUGUCAAUACAGACUAGUCAACCCAAUAACGCUAGCUGAAGUCCAAGUGGAAAGGACAGGGGCAAUGUUAUGGAAAUGAUUCAUAAUAAUACACAGUGGCAGUAAAAUAAAGUGGUGUUAGAGAGGUAAUGUAGUAGGAAAAAACAUGGACACUGGCUGUGAAAUGUAGAGGGCACAUGGUAAUGGAUGAAAGAAAAGGACAGGGUAUUUGUGGUCAAUUAAGUGGACAAAGGGGGCGAGUAGGACAAUAGUUAUGGAGAAAGAGACAUCAAGAACAUAGAGGAUAGGUGGAACAGGAGAAGACAGAUAAUAGGGCUGAACAUGGACCAGAGUGGUUGUAGAAACUGAUGAGAUGUAAGAGUAGUAAAAAUGCAAGAGGGUAAUAAAAAUACUUGUACUUGGUGGAGCCUGCCAAUGGUUGACUACUCUCUGAGCUACUGGCAAGACUAGCUGAACUAAUUGACAUUAACAGAGAUCGAAAAUGCAUGGGUGGGAUUCAACUCUGACUAAUCCCCAGAUACCUGAGAUAGAUUCUAGAUCAUGGCUGCUAAAAAAAAUCCAAAAGGGAUGAAGAAAGUAUUUGUGCGGCCUAAAUAGAUACAUUCCAGAUCAUAAAAACCUUUGUCUAUAAUCCACAAGACCAUUUCAAUGCCAACAUAUGGAUGGCAGCACAUAAAGAAGACACUGCACUACUCCUAUGAUACAUUAUAG